AUGUGGCGGGACCGAACCAAUCUCUUUAUAUCCUACCGCCAGUCCUACUCCCACCACCCCCAGAAGAAGACGCGCUAUGGCGGCCCAGGCUCCAAUGGCUUCGGCGACAGCAGGCGCAUGUCCGACGAGCGGCAGGGGCUCAUGGCCAGCGGCGCAUACGAAGACGACGGCGAUGCCGUGAUUGAAAUGGACCUGCUGCCUCCACGAUGGCUGGACAUCCAGGACGACAUCACCGAACACCUAGCCGAGAUAGCCAAGCAAACACGCAAGCUCGACCAGCUACACCAGAAGCACGUGCUGCCGGGCUUCGACGAUGAAGACGUCAAAAAGCGGGAAGAGCGCGAGAUUGAACACCUCACCCAGGGCAUCACACGCCUCUUCCAAAAGUGCCAGCUAGCCAUCAAGCGUAUAGAGACCAUGGUGCGCGAAGCCAAGCAGCAGGGCAAUAUCAACCAGGGCGAAGAAGUCAUGGCACAGAAUCUCAAGAUCUCCUUGGCUACCCGUGUCGGCGAAGUGAGCGCCAUGUUCCGCAAGAAGCAGUCGGCCUACCUGAAGAAACUACGCGACCUCGGCGGCUUUACCUCGCCCUUCCGCUCUGCGACACCCGUGCAGAACCCCUACAACGACCCUGCCCUGCAAGAGUCCGAUGCCGAUCGCUCCUUCUCGCAAUCCACGCUUCUGCAGACAAAGCAACAGCGCAUGCGCCAUGACCCCAACGAAGCCAUCAUAGCCCAACGCGAGCGCGAAAUUGAAGACAUCGCCCAAGGUAUCAUUGAGCUAGCAAACAUCUUUCAGGAGCUACAGACCAUGGUCAUCGAUCAAGGCAGCAUGCUGGACCGCAUAGAUUACAAUGUAGAGAACAUGUCGCGAGACGUCAAAGAAGCAGACAAGGAACUCAAAGUGGCGUCGGGAUAUCAAAAGCGAACCAUCAAGAGGAAGAUUAUGCUACUGUUGGCUAUCUUGAUCGCAGCUGUCUUCAUACUGUUAUCGCUCAAGCUGAGCAGAAGAGGCGGAAACGAUGCGCCGGCCGCUCCACAAGUGCCAGAUGUCCCGCCGGCGGCAGCGAUAAGAACCAGACGACAAUCAACCAGCAUGCGCACGAGUCGCGUAUGGCACCGAAGAAAACGGCGGUUAUGGCAGGGGGUCCAAGACCACCCUUUGACGCUCUAA